AUGGCAUCAUGUCCAAAAGAAUUAGAACGAAAUGGACCAACAAAAGGUAUGAGAUUUACACGUGAACAAGCUGAAAAACUUUUUGAAAAUUAUUUAAAUAAAAAAUUAAGUUGGUUUGAAAUUGGUGAAGGUGGUUUAAAUAAUUUAAUUUUUUUUAUUCAAUGUCAAAAUGAUGAUGAACAAUAUGUUUUAAAAAUUUGUGGAAGUGCAUGGACAAAAAUUAAAACAGAAUCCGAAGUAUCUGCUAUUCUUAUUGUUCAUAAAUAUACAAAAAUUCCUCUUCCGAAAAUCAUUGCUUAUUCAUCAGAUAAAACAAAUGAAUUUGGUGUUGAAUGGAUUGUUAUGACACGUUUAAAAGGUAGAUCAUUACGAAGUUCAUCUAAAACACAUGAUAUUUGGCCGGAAUUAACAAUUGAUGAACAAAAAUUAGUUGUUGAUCAACUUGUUGAAUAUGCAUCUCAAUUACAAAAUUCUAUUCCAAGAUCAAAUCUUAUUGGAAAUUAUAAAUUAAAUGGUGAAGUUGGAACAAAUAGUGAAGGAAUGGGUCCAUGGAAUAAUUAUAAAGAUUAUUAUAAUGAUCGUUUAAAACAACAAAUAAAAAUAUUAAAUGAAGAUCCAUUAUUUACUUCAGUUCGUGAUGAUAUUAUGAAAUCAAUAAAAGAAUUUCAAACAUUUAAUCUUCCUGAUUUUUCUGAUGUUCCAAAUGUAUUUACACAUAAUGAUCUUGGUGUACAAAAUAUAAUUGAAUCAAAAGAUCUUAAUAUUAAUGGGAUUAUUGAUUGGGAAUUAGCUGGUUCUUAUCCAGUAUGUGAAGAAUAUUUUCGUUCUUAUAAACCAAUUAUUUAUAAUGAACAAUUAACAAUUUAUCUUUAUGAUCAACUUGAAAAAAAGAAUGUUUUAACACCAAGAACAAUAAAACAUUAUUCACUUUUAAAAAAAAUGUCUGAUUUACUUCAAUCUGUUGUUCCUUGGUAUUUAACUUGUUUAGCUAAUCCAGAACAUCCCACUGUUGAAAAAGAAUUAAAUCAAGCGAGAGACAAAGUUAUUUUACUUGUUCAACAAAUUAAACAAGAAUUACAAUAA